CUUCUUCCCAGAAUGGAAUAAAACAAAGAGAGAAAAAAGAUCGGGAGCAAGGAAGCUCUUUGGCUCGCUUUGUGUGUUCCGAGACCGUACCGGCCCUGAAAUUUCCAAUGCUCAAUUCACGAGUGCCCUGGACAUGAAAGAAAGGAACACUACUAACACUCUCAAGCGCAUUUUAGCGAAUUGUGCAGUGCAGGCGAAAGACUAUGGAAGCUGUGUUGCGGCCAAGGUUCCAGAAGUUGAGCGUGAUAUGUGUUUGAAAGAAUUUCUAGCACUAAAGAGUUGCAUGCAGAAAACGCUGCAAGGAAAGGUUUAACUGUGUUGUCUGCUCUCAUCACUAUGUUGAUGCAUAUGUUAAAUACUGCAAGCACCGUGUGUAUAGUUUGGAGGCAGUGGUUGGAAGCAUGCAGAAAAGAGUGUAUAAACUCUGGUUUUAAGAUUAGCCGCAGCAGUACUUUCCAUACUUAGGAGAGAUGUCUGGGAAAGCAUCAAGUUCACAGCCUAGUGUUGGUUUGAGUGGAUCUGGUGCCAUGUCACAUGUUUAUAUUCAAUAUCCACCCCUUCGGUGCGACAUUUCUGGAUCAAGGGGUUUAUUCUAUGAUGAUGGAAAUAAGUUGCUACUCUCCCCAAUAUCUGAUCAGGUCUUCUCAUGGAAAACUGUUCCCUUUUCUCCUCUUGUUGCCCCUACCUCUGAUUCGAUAAGUGAAGGGCCCAUCUUAUCUAUCCGGUAUUCUUUGGAUACAAAGUUUAUAGCGAUCCAACGAUCUAAUCAUGAGGUACAAUUUUGGCAUAGAGAAACUGGGGAAACUUUUAGUCAGACGUGCGGGUCAGAGUCGGAGAGUAUUCUGGGGUUUUUCUGGACAGAUUGUCCAUUCUGCGAUAUUGUAUUUGUAAAGACCAGCGGGCUGGACAUGUUUGCAUACAAUUCUGAGUCAAAAUCACUCCAUGUAGUGGAGACAAGGAGAUUGAAUGUCAGUUGGUAUGUUUACACACAUGAAAGUCGUUUGGUUCUUCUUGCUUCUGGAAUGCAGGGCAAGACCUUCAACGGAUUUCAGCUUUCAUCUGCAGGGAUUAUUCGCUUGCCAAGGUUCGACAUGGCAAUGGCUAAAUCUGAGGCUAACAAUAAGCCUGUCCUAGCUGCUGAAGAUGUCUAUAUUGUCACUGUGUAUGGUAGAAUAUAUUGCUUGCAAGUUGAUAGAGUUGCGAUGCUCCUCCAUUUGUAUAGGUUUUACCGCGAUGCUGUUGUACAGCAGGGUUCUUUGCCCAUUUAUUCAAGCAGGAUUGCUGUGAGUGUGGUUGAUAAUGUACUACUUGUUCAUCAAGUUGAUGCAAAGGUCGUCAUACUAUAUGACAUAUUUGCAGAUUCUCGGGCACCCAUAUCUGCCCCACUUCCUCUAUUGUUGAGGGGUUUUCGCAGACUUAGUGCUUCUACUUCUCGGUCUAGCAGGGAAGAGAGUGAAAGUUCAGAGGCUAAUGUUGUAAGUGACAGUGAAACAGUCGUCUAUGGAGAUGACUGGAUUUUUCUCGUUCCUGACCUCGUAUGCGAUGUUGCUAACAAGUUUCUAUGGAAGAUUCAUUUAGAUUUGGAGGCAAUUUCUGCCAGUAGCUCAGAAAUGUCAUCAGUACUAGAAUUCUUGCAGCGCCGAAAGUUGGAAGCCAAUAAGGCUAAAGAAUUGUGCUUGGCAAUAGCACGCACUGUUAUUCUUGAACGGAGGCCCGUGGCCAUGGUUGCCAGGGCAAUGGAUGUUUUAGUUACCUCUUACUCUCACUCUAUCAAAACGGGCAGCUAUCUUAAGGGAAUAAAAUCUGAGAAGGCAUUACCUUCUAGCGUGCCGCAUGUCACUAGUCCUAAAUCUGGGGCUGAUGUAUCUGCCACUAGAGUAGGUGCACGAGGGAAAGCUGUUAAACUUGAAUCUGCUGCUGUAGUGGACAGUGACUAUUUUAAUAAAUCUUCCGCUUUUUCAUCUUUAGACUCUGAGAAAGCCACCUCUGAACCACCAAAGACCAAUUCAAGUGACCUUCAAUUUAUUGAUAGUAAAGUGGACAGAGAAAAGUCGAUGGGUGCUGAAAUUUCUAGUACUGAAGUUCAGCCAUCGUCUUUACAUCAUCAUCUUCUUGGACAAGGUAACAACCCAUUGAAUGCUAAUGUUUCUGAGCAGCAGGAGGCUCAACUUACUUCACCAGCAAUUUCACCUGAUGAGAUGUACAGCUUUGUGUUUGCUCCUGUUGAGGAGGAGAUGGUGGGAGACCCUUCAUACUUGGUUGCCAUUGUUGUUGAGUUCCUUCGCAGUGCUAAUUCAGAGAAGGUUAAAGUACAUUCAAAUAUCUAUAUUUUGACCAUACAACAGCUAGCGCGCAAUGAGAGAUAUGCAGAACUUGGACUGUUUGUCAUAAACAAGAUCAUCGAACCUUCUAAAGAAGUUGCAUUGCAACUCCUGGAGUCUGGUCGUCAGGAUAUCCAAACAAGGAAGCUGGGUCUGGAUAUGCUAAGGCAGCUUUCUUUACAUCAUGACUAUGUGUUGUUUUUAGUGCAAGAUGGUUAUUAUCUUGAAGCUUUACGUUAUGCACGGAAGUAUAAGGUUAAUACUGUCCGGCCUUCAUUGUUUCUCGAAGCAGCACUUGCUUCCAAUGACUCUCAACAUCUAGCUGCAGUUCUGAGGUUCUUUUCGGAUUUCAUUCCUGGGUUCCAGAACACUCCUGAUCACAAUACAUAUUACCGGAUUCUCAGUGGGAUGAACUCAUCCAUUGCUGCUUGAAGUUUCUGACUAGCGAUUUGUUGUUGGAAAUCGAAAGUUACAACAGACAAGUGUGGCUUCUCUCUCUCCCAAAGCAAAAGAGAAACAAGUAUAACCUAGCCUAGUGAAAGAAUCCACAAUACUGUUAGAACGAGUUCUCUGUUGGAAACAGUUGAAGGGCUUCAAACUUAACAGCUAGUAUCUCCCCUCUUCUUGUGCUACAUGCAAAUCGGCCAGUACAAUGUGAUAAGACUUACCCAUCACAACCUCAAUAACACUUGGUUAGUUCUUUUCCGACAUGCCACUGAAAUACGUCCUUCUGCUCACACUGAAUUUAGCUUAUUAGUCUUUUGUACGGUGCUGCUUUGAUUUUUUCCUUUUCCUGAGCAGUGUUGAAUGGAUUGUGUAACCUUGGGGCUAUUUAUUGUUUCUAGGAACAGGUCAUGAAUGAAACUUCUAAAAAUAGUAGUACUAUUUUGUUUUUUU